GUUGUGUUUAUCGUGUCUUUAUCAGUCUCGCAUAAGUUCUGUAGUCAGAUGAAUCGUUUGUAAGGCACAGAAAUGAACAGCUGCUUAUCGACCUAAUCAAGCGGAGCUUCAGCGCUUGGUGAAAUGCAGCAGGUUGCGCUAGCGCCGCUGUCUCACUCUGAAACGUUUGUGUUCGCCUCCAAAAUCUGUUGGUGUCUGCACUGUUGACAUUUGUGUGAUUUUGGCUGUGCACCGGAACAGCCUCUGCUCUUCUGGGAAGGCUUUACACUAGAUGUUGGAGCAUUGCUGUGAGGAUUUGAUUAUAUUCAGGCAUAUACAUCUCAUGAGUGACUAAACCAGUGAGCUCGCAGCAUGUUGACUGCAGGAAAGGUGUGCUCGUCUCUGGCAGCUAGACGGCUGCUGGGUGCGUCUGGCUCUGUUUGUCCUGCACUGGAUCAGCAGCGCCGCUCCCGACUCUUCCACACAGCCACCCCUCACAGGGAUGAGGUGCAACUGCACGAGGCCUGGGCCAGCCUGGCCAAGAAGCAGCUUAAAGGGAAGAAUCCAGAGGACUUGAUCUGGCGCACUCCAGAGGGCAUCUCCAUCAAGCCUGUAUAUACGCAGACAGACACGGCUAAAGUUGCUGAUGAACUGCCCGGUGUCUUUCCCUACACUAGAGGGCCCUACCCCACCAUGUAUACCUUCAGACCCUGGACCAUCAGACAGUAUGCUGGCUUCAGCACAGUGGAGGAGAGCAACAAGUUUUACAGAGACAAUAUUAAAGCUGGCCAGCAGGGCCUGUCUGUGGCCUUUGACCUUCCCACACACAGAGGGUACGACUCCGACAAUCCCAGGGUGCAUGGCGAUGUGGGCAUGGCAGGUGUGGCCAUCGACACAGUGGAGGACAUGAAGAUGCUGUUUGAUGGCAUUCCCCUGGAGAGGAUGUCCGUGUCCAUGACUAUGAACGGGGCAGUGAUUCCCAUCCUCGCCAUGUUCAUAGUGACCGGUGAGGAGCAGGGUCUGGACAAGGCCAUGCUGACCGGAACCAUCCAGAACGACAUCCUGAAAGAGUUUAUGGUCCGAAACACAUACAUCUUCCCUCCGGAGCCUUCCAUGCAUGCCAUCGCUGACAUAUUUGCAUACACGUCCAAGCACAUGCCCAAGUUUAACUCCAUCUCAAUCAGUGGCUACCAUUUACAAGAGGCUGGGGCCGAUGCCAUCUUGGAACUGGCCUACACUAUUGCCAAUGGACUGGAAUAUUGCAGAACUGGCAUAAAGGCUGGCCUCACCAUUGAUGAGUUUGCACCCAGGUUAUCUUUCUUCUGGGGCAUUGGGAUGAACUUCUAUAUGGAGAUAGCCAAGAUGAGAGCAGCAAGGCGUCUUUGGGCCACCCUGAUUAAGGAGAAGUUCCAGCCUAAGAACUCUAAAUCCCUGCUCUUAAGGACUCACUGUCAGACGUCAGGAUGGUCCCUGACUGAGCAGGACCCUUACAACAAUGUGAUCCGGACAGUGAUUGAGGCCAUGGCAGCAGUCUUUGGAGGCACACAGUCCCUGCACACGAACUCAUUCGAUGAGGCAUUGGGUCUGCCCACAGUGAAGAGUGCCCGCAUCGCUCGUAACACCCAGAUCAUCAUACAGGAGGAGUCCGGCAUCCCUAAAGUAGCCGACCCAUGGGGCGGCUCCUACAUGAUGGAGGCACUCACUAAUGACGUGUACAGUGCAGCCCUCAAGUUCAUCACUGAGAUUGAGGAGAUGGGAGGGAUGGCGCGAGCAGUGGCUGAGGGAAUCCCCAAACUGCGCAUAGAGGAAUGUGCUGCACGUAGACAAGCUCGCAUUGAUUCAGGCUCUGAGGUCAUUGUUGGGGUCAAUAAGUAUCGGCUGGAAAACGAAGAAACCGUGGAAGUCCUGGCCAUUGAUAACACCAUCGUCCGCAAUAAGCAGAUUGAGAAGCUUCACAAGGUGAGGAAGGCCAGAGAUGCUGAUGCAGCUAAGAGGUGCCUGGCUGCUAUAGAGCAGUGUGCUCGUACCAGGGAUGGUAACCUGUUACAACUGGCUGUAGAGGCUGCAAGAGCAAGGUGUUCGGUGGGGGAGAUCACAGAUGCAAUGAAAUCAGUUUUCGGAGAGCACAAGGCCAGCACACGCAUGGUGAGCGGAGCAUACCGUAGCGAGUUUGGCGAGCAUGAGGAAAUCGCCCUCGCGCACGGCCGGGUUGUGCAAUUCAAGAAGCAUGAGGGGAGGAAUCCCCGCCUGCUGGUGGCCAAAAUGGGGCAGGAUGGUCAUGACAGGGGUGCAAAGGUCAUUGCCACAGGAUUUGCAGAUUUGGGAUUCGAUGUGGAUAUCGGGCCUCUUUUUCAGACCCCACUGGAGGUGGCUCAGCAGGCAGUGGAUGCAGAUGUGCACUGCGUGGGUGUCAGCACACUGGCAGCUGGACACAAGACUCUCGUCCCUGAGCUUAUCAAAGAGCUGCGCAACAUGAACCGCCCAGACAUCCUGGUCAUCUGCGGAGGAGUUAUCCCCCCACAGGACUAUGAGUUUCUGUACCAGAGUGGAGUUUGCUGUAUCUUUGGCCCAGGGACCAGAAUCCCUCAAGCAGCAGUGGAGGUCAUUGACAACAUAGAGAAGAGUCUGGAGAAGAAUCGCCAGGCUAUGUAACGGAGAUAUCUCAAAUGAUUGUCUUCAUGGCUGUCUCAAUGUCCCUCAAGGCAUUUAUCUUGGAACAAGAUGUUAAAAUUUGAUGGCACUAUGGUUAUUAAGCAUUACUGUCUGUCUUUUUGAAGUUCAUCUUUGCAGUUCAAAACACUUUGGGUUGCUGAAUUUGAGGGUGGAGAAUAACUGAUAAUUAUCAACAUUGUGAUAUUGGGACAUGUAAGUCAUUUUCAUAAUUGUAAUUAUGAAGUUAAAAGUCAUGAAAUUAUUCAUUUUCAGUUUGUGCUUUUUCAUGAUUUCAUGAAGAGAUUUGGUUACAGUUAUCACAUUUGGCAUAACCUGCUUCUCCAGGUAGUAGGAAUGGAUGCAGCCAUAGAGAUGUACUACAUCUGUGAUAUAUAAUGAUUUCUCUCUUUCAUAAACAUGUUUGUGACAAUAAACUAUUCAUUUUGGGUAAUUCACAUA